GCGAAAGCGUCACAAAUGACCGGCGGGCGACAACGGCGACGGCCAUGACAUUAACGACGAUGCUGACGACGACAGGGAGGACGGUGAUGGAGACGGUGAACAGUAUUAUGUCCAUGAGGAGGAGGAGCGAGGAUGGAGGGAGAGGAUGGAGAGAGGAGGAAGGAGGAGGGAGGGGAGGAGAAAAUGAACGAGCACAGGGGUCUUCACCUUCUCACCAACGGGUUCACGGUGCAGAAUCACACCAUUGAUGAACGUUUGGAGGAGGAGCCUGUGUUUCAGAAGGACACACCGGAUCACACACACACAGUAACACACUACACACCACGUCCGACGCCGCCGUUACCCGCUUUAACCAACGGACACUCAGAUUCAGAGUCACAUGACCUGAACACAGACACGCCCUCACAUCUACCUGGUAUCACGGUCACCACAGAUGACGGCUUCCUGUCCCAGUACCAGGAGCUCAUGUUGUCUUUAGGGGUGGAGCCUGACUGUGAUGACAUCACAGAUGACAUGGGCACCUUUAGGAGGAGAGUGUGGGCUCUGAGACGAAGGCUGGAGGAAGAGGACGAAGGGUUUACGUCCACCUCCACCUGGGAUGACGGAGAGGAGGAGGAGGAGGAGGAGGUGAUGGAGGAAGAAGAAGCGGAGGUUGAAGAGGAGAGAAGGCCGAGGUGUGGGAUGAAAGGGAGCACCAGGUGUGGAGUCCCCUUCACAGGUCCGUUCAUCAGCGUCCUGCUGUCCCGGCUGGAGAACCUUCUGGAAAACUCCAUCGCCGUGAACCUCCUGGUGACGGGCAUCCUCGCCCAGCUGGCUUCGUACCCGCAACCUCUGCUGCGAUCCUUCCUACUGAGCACACACACUGUGGAGCAGCCCCACAUACGCACCCUCUACCAGGUGCUGGUGUCGGUGCGUGGUCAGAUUGAGCGCUGUGUGUCGUCCAGACCAGAUUAUCCUGCUCUGCUCACUCAGGCCUGGAGGUUUCUGCUGGAGAAAGACCAGGACAGCAAGAUCCGAGUGUGCCUUCAGUUCAUUCCUACAUUAAAUCAUCCAAACCAACCACUGACAUCAGAAGUCAUUGGCAUCAUUCUGCUGCUAGAAAACUGUCUGCAUGUCUGGAUUUCAGCUCGUCAUCCAGGCCACAGGGUAUUAGCAGCUGUUCUCAAACACAUGUGCAGACAGGUCAAGUUCCUCACACCAAAGUGGAACUGA